AUGAAAUCAGGGACGGCGCGAAGAACCGAUGGUGGCGAACAUUUAUCAACAGCACAUGCAUGGUUUGAGGGUGCAGUUCUUUCAGCGUUACGUAUUCUGAUUCAAUUACAACAAGAAAAUUUCGAUAUUGUUAUUGUCGGCGGAGAUUUAUUAGUUUUACAGACAGCUAUUGAAUUGAGCAAUCGUCAACCAGCAACACAUUUAAUGAAUCAAUUUUAUUUUGAAAAUCUACCAAAUAACUAUCGAGGUCAACUCAAUGGAAAAUUAGAAUUUCUUAAUACGACAAAGAUGGCGAUUGAAAAAUUAAAUAUUCUUCAAGAGAGCAAAUAUGUUAAUGUAACAAUACGUGAAAAUGAGCGUUUCAUGCAUGUUUCUCAAAAUCAAAUAAUAACGAAUCGUCGAACGAUUAAAGUUAAUAAUAAAAUAUUAUUCCUUGAUAAUUGCUAUUUAAAUGAUCAAAUUAAAGAGUCACUUGAACCAUUUAAAUUAAGUAUUAAAACAGAACAAUUUCCUUUACUAACAUACCUGAAAAAAGAAGAUCAUUUAUCACGUUCUAUUGAUAUCAAUCAAGUCAAAUAUGAAUCGCAUUAUAAACAAACAACUCUAGUUGAUCACGAUCAUAUUAUUGAUUAUCUACCUAAUUCAAAUAAUAGAUCUAUUGUAUUUAUCGGACGAACAAAUCUUGAUCUUUAUCCAACAUGGAUUGAGAUUUUAGCAGAUUUAACAUUCAAUAUUUAUAAGCCAAUUAUGUCUAACUAUUCUAUAUCAUUACCGAAACCAUCUGUAUCGAAUUCUUCUCUUCGGAUAUCAAUUCCCAUAAAAAUUAUUUUCAUUUAUUUCCUUUUCGUGUUGAGUUUCAUUUAA